AUGGUGCUCGCGGCCCCGCUGCUGCUGGGCUUCCUGCUCCUCGCCCUGGAGCUGCGGCCCCGGGGGGAGGCGGCCGAGGGCCCCGCGGCGGCGGCGGCGGCGGCGGCGGCAGCGGCGGCGGCGGCGGCGGCCGGGGUCGGGGGGGAGCGCUCGAGCGGGCCGGCCGCGUCCGCGGCGCCGGAGCCGGACGGCUGCCCCGUCUGCUUGUGGCGGCAGCACAGCCGCGAGCUGCGCCUGGAGAGCAUCAAGUCGCAGAUCCUGAGCAAACUGCGGCUCAAGGAGGCGCCCAACAUCAGCCGGGAGGUGGUGAAGCAGCUACUGCCUAAGGCGCCGCCGCUGCAGCAGAUCCUGGAUCUGCACGACUUCCAAGGCGACGCGCUGCAGCCCGAGGACUUCUUGGAAGAGGACGAGUACCACGCUACCACGGAGACGGUCAUAAGCAUGGCCCAGGAGACGGACCCUGCAGUGCAGACAGAUGGCAGCCCUCUCUGUUGCCAUUUCCACUUCAGCCCCAAGGUGAUGUUCACAAAGGUCCUCAAGGCCCAGCUGUGGGUGUACCUUCGGCCUGUGCCCCGCCCAGCCACAGUCUACCUGCAGAUCUUGCGACUGAAACCCCUAACUGGGGAAGGGACCGCAGGGGGAGGGGGUGGAGGCCGGCGGCACAUCCGUAUCCGUUCACUAAAGAUUGAGCUACACUCGCGUUCCGGCCACUGGCAGAGCAUCGACUUCAAGCAAGUGCUACACAGCUGGUUUCGCCAGCCACAGAGCAACUGGGGCAUCGAGAUCAACGCCUUUGACCCCAGUGGCACAGACCUGGCUGUCACUUCCCUUGGGCCAGGAGCUGAGGGGCUGCAUCCUUUCAUGGAGCUUCGAGUCCUAGAGAACACAAAAAGGUCCCGGCGGAACCUAGGCCUGGACUGCGAUGAACACUCCAGUGAGUCCCGCUGCUGCCGAUACCCUCUCACGGUGGACUUUGAGGCUUUUGGCUGGGACUGGAUCAUCGCACCUAAGCGCUACAAGGCCAACUACUGCUCCGGCCAGUGCGAGUACAUGUUCAUGCAAAAGUAUCCACACACCCACUUGGUGCAACAGGCCAACCCAAGAGGCUCUGCGGGGCCCUGCUGCACCCCUACCAAGAUGUCCCCAAUCAACAUGCUCUACUUCAAUGACAAGCAGCAGAUUAUCUACGGCAAGAUCCCUGGCAUGGUGGUGGAUCGCUGUGGCUGCUCCUAAGGUGUGGGCUACAGUGGAUGCCUCCCUCAUAAACCCUACCCCAAGAACCCCGGCCCUGGUCCCCAUUCCCCCAAGCCCUAGAGCGCCCUCCACCUCUUCCCGUGAACAUCACACCUUGUUCCCUGACCAAGCAGUGUGCAAUACAACAGAGGGAGGCAGGUGGGGAUGGAGGGUGAGGGGCUGGGAGGAAGGAAGGGCAGUCAGGGUGGAAUGUAUCUGAGAUUUGCAGGUGAGAAGGUUUGGCAAGAAGACAGAGAUGUAGAGACAGAGAGAGAAGACGGAAGGAUGGAGACAGGAACAAAUAGAGCAGCACUGAGAAGGCAAAGGAGUAGAGGCUAAAGACUAAGAGACUAGACAGAGACAGAGCAGAAAGACGGAAUGGGAGUACAAUGAAAGCCCUGCCCCAAGCCUCCUUUUCCUACCAGCAAGGCGAGAGGCUUGGUAUAGUUUGGGGAGUUCCCCUGACAACUCAGUAGGAGUAAAUCAAAAGUCCAUUCUUAGCUUCUUCCUUCUCUCCUUCCAGCAGUCGUCAGAAGUGGAGUGAGGAUGGGGCACAGGAAGAACCUGGGAAUUUUUUAUUUAUUUAUUUAUUGUGACUUUUCAUUUUUUUGGUAUUUGGCUUUACUGGAACGGGAGGGACCCUGCCCACUGCGCCCCAUUGGUCCUUACUCCCCAAGCCCUGCUCUCCCCAAUACCAACCUACUUAAGCACUUGUAUUACGCCUCCAGGGUUGGGAAUGGGGGUAAAGGGCAGGAGGGCUGACACAUGGAAGCUUCUAACCCAUAAUCACCCUAACCAACCUUCUUGAGCCAAAUGGGUUGAGCUGAGUGGUCAUGGAAACAGAAAGUUCAGACUUAAGAGCCGGGGGGAAGGGAACCUCAACAUCCAGGAUCUAUGAGUUACUAAACUACCCCUCAGGCCUACCUUAUUCAUGGUAUUAUUUAGCCAGAGGGUACAGCCUGCUUAUCCCCAAAUUCCCCUCAGCCAAGAGACCAAAGAGCCUGUGGAAUGCCCCUGCUCUCAGCCUCUAUCUUCAGGUCAAUAAAAAGUAGAAAUCCCAGAGUCCCCCAGGUCUGGGAAGGGUUAAGGGUCAAGAAAAUAGUAAAGAGGCUGAAGGUUACAGGGCAUCUGAAUCCAAAUCACUGCUCUACGCUAGGGAAUACAGCCAGCAGACCAAGGUGGAAGGGAUUCUGAAGGGGGGACAUUUUAGUCCCCCUACCCCAAAGCUCAGGGUGGAAGAAGGGAGAACAAGGGAGCAGAGUGUCUAUAAUUUUAUCUUUUAUUUUUGGAAUAUAGCAGUACCUGAAAGCAGGGAGGGGACAGUACAGGCAUGUGACAAGGCCAGUUACAGCAGAGGAUGGGAGGAUGGAGAGUCCUUGGUUUGGAAGGCUUAGGAAGCAGGCAAGCAAUUAGUUGCCACUUCAAGUCACUAACUGGGCCCAUUCAUUCCUCCCACAAUCCUGAUCCACCCUCCUCUGGACUCACUGUGCCUCAGUUCCUUCCCCUUGAUGGAAUGAGAAACAGCAGCACCCGCCACAGCCAAGAGAUGAAUUCUGAGCACUUACCACGGGCACUUUAUGGACAUAAAAUACCUCUCGCUGUGGGACUAGAUAACCAGGGCACCACAAUGUGAGGCUUAAAGGAGUCACAGGCUUCAGAGCACAAGCACCCUCUGCCUCUCAGCUGGACAAUGCCUGAAGCCAAGGAGCUGAAAAUCUCCACACCCUAACCAUACCUCACCAGUGGCCUCUUGGCUCCAGACAAGUCUUAAGAGGAUGGGGGGCGAGGGGAGAUUACAGCAAAAUGAUCACGUGUAGAGCCGGCCAUUAUGGUAGAAAAAGUACUGAACUGAAGCCUGGCCAGGAAGGUCUGUGCUUCCUAAGAGCAUGUUUCUUUCACUUGGGCCAGACCAUAGAAAGGACAAAGGUAUGUGACUAUCCUUGGCACCUAACUCCUAUUCUCAUAGUGAGAAAAGGAGGUAAGAUGUCUCCUAUGAGGAAUGGACAAGGGUUAAGCUUUUCAACUCACUUCCCAUGUAGCAGCUGUUAGUCCUAAGCCUCUCCUCUCUGGCCCUGUUCUUCAUCCUCUUUUUCUACCCCAUCUUAAAGAACAAGACACAUUUGACCAUCAACACUAACCACACUUCCUUGGUGGAGGAGAGGAAUAGAAAAGCAGAGAGAAGAUGCUUUCCUCCAAGGUCAAAUGCCUCUUGAUCUUGGAAAAGGUAAGAAAGGGUCGGAUAAUUAGUUAUCAGGUAAACUUCUCUACAGUUUAGAGAGCUGGGGCAUUAAACUUCAAAUAUUGCCUCUUUAUUACCACCAAGUAAAUACCUUUCCAGGGGAAAGGGGUUCUCUUAUGAAUACAAACCUGAGUUAAGCCUCAGUUUCCUGGUCUUUUCUAUCCCCUAAGAGGCUUGAGGACAUGGCCUAGCAGUUGAGUGGGACCUGGCACUUCUCACACCUUACCUGCGUGGACUGGCCAGUCUCCUCUGGAAGUAUCGUUAUAAGUGUAAUUCUUUACUUGUGUAUCUGUUACAUCAUGUAUGUGUGUGAUCGCCUUUGUUUGUUAGAGUGUUUGAGGACAGGGGCUGACAGGGGCACUGGAAUGCCAGGAAAGGACUUCUCCACUGAAACCAAGGUUUCCAGGAAGGAACCAUUACAAAAAGGCCAUCAGGCAGUUUUCAAGUUAUGUGACAGAGGGCAAAGAUGGCCAUAGGGUGCUCUGAGUUUUGGGACGGUCACAUGACACAAUCCAGCACUUGAACCUGAAAAAAGAAAAAUAAAAGCAGUCAAAGAGUUUAGAA